AGCGAAACUGCACACCACUACCAGAGCUACUGUUACAGUAGUAGUAGUAGGCUCGCCUCCAAGUGGCAAUUCCACGUUGGGUCCCACACAACCCAAUCUCACUUCCGAGCCCCACAUAUAUCGAUAUAUCUACCCAUAUGUGUCCUGCCGCCGCCACCUCCAUCAUUAUCGCGUCGACGUCAGCUGUCCCCCCGACUCCCCCGCCGACGCUCACAUGCGCACACCCACAAACUCGGAGUAAAACGCUGGCAUCGCUGAACCCCGCGGCGACGAAAGACGAGUCGGCCGAUCAUCAUCGUAUCACAAAGAACAGGGCGUUGGUCGCUCGAUGCAAACAUCCCGUGACCGUUCCUUGCAUGAAGCACACCCUCGCGUGGCUCCACUCGCACGACUUGUCCCACCACACCAUUCCCAGCAGCUUUCUCCAGUCGCUGCUCCAUUGGUUCCACGACCGCCCGGGCAAUACCACGCCGCCACUGUCGCUAGGCUGGGGCUCGGGCAACCUCACCUUCUCCUGGUCUGACCGGAGCUUCGGCGUGCUGAACGCGCCUCUCUACGCCGACAUUGCCGUCGCCCGGCGCAUCCUGACGGCAGCGUCAGAAGAAGGAGGCUUCAUCUCAGCCACCCGAUCUCAACGAAUUGAGUUUUCGUCGUGGUUUGCCGAAUUCUUGGACGCCGUGCGCUCAUGCGACGAGUUGAAGCACCAAUUGUUGGUUGAAAAGGCUCGGCUGAGUAGCAAAGUCACGCAGGUCACGACCUCGUACGAUCGCGUGCGACUUAUUUACGAAGGGGCGCAAAAACAUGACGUGGCAGCGUACGGUGCGAGCUUGUUGCAAUGCCUCGACGAAGUGGACGCCGUCUUGCGCGACGAAGAGCGCGCAGUCGACGCCGUCAACUUGACCGCGUCCACCGAAACGCUCGAAAAUGCUGCGUUCAGCUUGCUGUUUGGUCGGCUGAAUAAACGAACCAACGACAGCCACGUGUACGUGGCCAAACUCAUGGCGUGGAUGCGGCAGACGCUCAGUCGCGACGACUUUGACGCGUUCUUUCAGCUGCUCCAGCCCCGCGUCAAGGAGAGUUUGGCCAAGAACUGGAAGACCUACGCGCGACACAUGCAACGGCUCGAGCCGUUUCAAGGAAGCGCCGACGGCGGGACUUCGGGCGGCAAAGGGUUCACCAGGUCCCGCGCGGUGAGCUCCGACCAGUCCCACAACCAACAACACCAACACCCGUGACAAGUGUCAUGUCGAACUCGCUUAACGUUAAAGUAACAUUGACAGCAUUUCCACUAAACUUGAGUGGAAAUCCAAGUAAA